AUGUUACGUUCUUUAAGAAAUUUACAAUCGUGUCCCAAGUUCAUUCCGUUGCAGCGACCACCAGUUGGAUACUCAACGCAGCGAUUGCAACCACCGGAAAGACCAUCAUCAAAAGUUCGGGAGACGCUUCAGAAGAUCGCGACAUUUUUAGGCUCAUCGAAGUACUCCCCGAUCUCUUGGCGCAGUUUAGCGAUAGGUGGAACAGUGGGUGGUGCUUUUUUAUUGUACCUGGAGUAUUUGAAGCAAAAGAAGGAUCUGAUUGUUGACAAAGAACGUAGGAGAACACUCGGAAAAGCUGCAAUCGGAGGGAAAUUUGAGCUGGUUAACUCUAAGGGUGAACUCGUUAAAUCUGAUGAUUUCUUGGGUCAAGACACACCGGAAGUUGUUGGAAAAUAUUGCAAAGAGUUUUCAGAUAAAAUAAUUGGAUUAACUGGCAACAAGGAGCAAGUCGCUAAAGCUUGCAAAGCUUAUCGUGUUUACUUCAGCAGUGGACCCAAGGAUAAUGACAACGAUUACAUUGUUGAUCAUACGAUAAUAAUGUACUUAGUGGAUCCAGAUGGUAUUUUCGUAGAUUACUAUGGACAAACCAACACCGCAGAGCAAGUUAUGGGCAGCAUACUUCUCCACAAAGCUAAACUAAACAAAUUGAAAAACGAAGGCUCGUGGCUUCCAUUUUUAGGUAUUGAAAAAGCAGAAAAUGCCGCAUAA